UCUCAGGUAUGUCAAGAUGCACAGCCCGCUGGAGAGCAAUACCGCCGGUCCCAAUGUGUGGGACUACGACAUGAUAUUGGAGAAGAUCGGUUAUGGCAAAACGCAGUGGAUACUUCUGCUUGUCAGCGGACUCUUGACAAUCACGUCCGUUGCAGCCCAACAAGCCAUGAGUAUUAUUGUGAUCGCCUCCCAGUGCGAAUUCGAAACCUCACAGGCAGAAAAGGGCGUGAUGAUGGCGGCUAGUGUUACAGGCAUCUUCUUAUCGACCUAUAUAUGGGGAUACAUCAGUGACGAUAUCGGUCGCCGGAAGGUUUUACUUUAUGGUAAUUUCGCCAGCAACGCACUGCAAUUUGUGUUAAUGUUCGUCACAAGUGUUUGGUUAUUUAACAUCAUUAACCUACUUGUUGGAAUUAGUGUCGGUGCAGUUUCAGCAGCACUUUAUGCAUAUCUAAGUGAAUUUAACAUACCUCGACAUCGCGCUGUGGCGAUUAAUUAUUCGACAAUGUUUGUUAGUGUUACAGCAAUAUAUGUACCAGCAACUGCUUGGCUGGUACUUUCGUCAAACUGGGCCAUAACCAUAGGUGAUUUUGUUUUCCGACCAUGGCGUUUGAUCUUGCUAGUUAGUCUGCUACCAGGAUUCAUUGGAGGCCUAAUAUUAUUAAAUUAUCCUGAAAGCCCGAAGCUAUUGCUAUCGCAAGAUAAGAAUAAAGAAGCUAUAGAAGCUGUCUCAUGGAUUAGUAAAUUUAACCGAGGAAAGCCGAUAAAUCAAGUCAUAAAUUGCGAUGAAUUCACACUGAAAUCUGAAGAUCCAGCUGGCGAAAAUUUAUUGGCCGAAAGCCAGGGAUGUGGUAUACUAUCUAAAAUUUGCAAGGCAACAGUUCCACUUUUCCACAAGCCCCAUGGAUUUAAUUUCAUCCUUUGCAAUUUGGCUUUGUUUGGCAUGUUUUUCAGUUCAAAUGGCAUGCAACUUUGGUUUCCAGAAAUUGUUAACCGAUCUUCAGGUGCUCAAACCAACUCCUCCACAGUAUGCGAAAUACUAAGCGUGCCUGUAGAAAGCCCCAAUGCAACGGAAACUUUGGUCUGCACUAAUACCAUUUCGAACCAAACCUAUAUUGACAAUUUGAUUGUUGGCUUUGCAUUUUUAAUUGGAUUCUCCAUCCAAGGACUGAUACUAAAUCCUUUGGGUCGAAAGAAUGUACUUUUAGCUGCCCUGGGAGUUACAGUAUUCAGUGGCGUUUUACUACACUUUAUGGAAAAUCCCACCGGAGUUCUUGUACUCUUUUGCCUUUACAUUCUUUUGCCUGGGCUUUCGAUUUCAAUUAUGAUAGGCGCUAUUGUGGAUCUGGUCCCUACACACCUAAGAUCGAAGGCUGUCAGCUUUUGCAUGUCCAUGGGACGUCUUGGAAUCAUCGCAGCUACAAAUCUUAUGGGAGUUAUGCUGCAACCUUACUGCAAUACAACUUUUGCCAUGUUUACUUGCACUCUUAUUGUGUGUAUUGUUAUUGUUCAUUACCUGCCGAUUCGAAACUCUGCUUAGGUCUCCAGAUUUCCCCCCAACUUUAAUAACAUCUUUUCUUAUGUUUCUUAUACUUAAUAUAUGAAUAAUUCCAGUAAUGUUGUUAAAUAAAAUAACUAUUUUAAAUGUAA